AUGGAGAUCGAGAUGACACAGGUCGCUACCGUCGCAGAACUUGUGAGGGCGUUCAAAUCAAACCACCCAGAUGGAAGGUCGGAACAAGAAGACAUGGAGAUCUCCUUCAAAGCCACCAGACAAUUGCGACAACGAGUAAGCUGGCUUAUGGGGGGUCUACGCGCUAAUCAGCUCCGUGAAGAUACGUGGGGCAAGCACUCCUGGUUAAGAUUGAGAAAUGACAUUCCUUACAAGUUGCGACAAGUCUUCUUGCCCGCACUUCAAGAAAGUCUAAGGAAUUUAUCACUCACCUUUGAACGAUUCGACCCGACGGCACCCAAUCCGAGUUGGUGGUACGAAGCGUUUCUGGACAACUUGAUAGAUAUCGAUGACCGGGUGGAACAACUUGAUGUACCGAUGCGCUCAAUUCGGAAAACGUAUGAACCCGAACAAGGAUCUCUGGGCGAUCACCCCAAUGUUGAACAUUCAACUUAUCACCGAGUCGCGACAGCUGAAACUCUCCUCUCUCGCUUUAUGUAUGAAAAACUUGAAAUGGGACUGUUGUACCAAUGCGCUAACUUUUUCUCAGGUUUCGGUAUGUCCAACCCAUUCGGAGGCGUCCCCUCGGCUAGCCAAAAAUACCUUUACGCAGAGUGGCAAGAGUUAAUUGAGAAGUUUGAGGAGUCGUUUGAACUGCUUCGAAAGCCAAUCCGCUUCAAGGCCGACAGAUAUUAUGAUUCCGGAUCAGAAUCGGAUGAUGAGCCAGCGAUGGUACAUGGGACUUUAGGCAAAUUCGUUCAAGCCACCGUUCCGUUGAUUGGAUUAGCUCGAAUAUAUUUCAACAAACUCUUACGAUCGAAUACCAGUAGCCGCUUAAUUUUUGUUCGACCAUCAAUGAACAUAGAAGACACUCAAUUGAAACUAUUACUCAGAGGUAGCGCUAAGAUUGCUCAACACAUACAAAGAUUGACAUACAAUAUCACACGUUGGCCAACCCGUCGUCGGCAAACUGUGGGUAUGUUGGUGGAUAUUAUACGUGGCUUUACCCAAUUCUCGACCGUCUUGGAAAAAUACUGGGACUCGUUGCUUGAAAGAAACGAUCCACUGGUGGAUCGGGAGAUGAUUGAAGACGCUCGUCACUGGCUCAAUACUUGGACUUCCCUAUUCUUUGACAUCUCCUGUAAAGCAAUGCAAGCUACUGGUUGUAAAUACACCUGGCCACCAAGAAUCACGACCGAAGACGUUGAUAUGGAAGACUAACUGGGAUUAACUACUAUGUUGAAGUCGCACUCGUUUUUACACAUUUCUGUACGAGGCCUUAAAAAAACACAACCCAAAAUUUACUCUGGUUAAUGGAGGACUUCCCAUUGCUAUUUUAAAUACUUUUUAGACCUCUCUCAGUCCUAAUUUAACAGCUCAAUUAAGCUUUCAACUAGCUCAAAUGAGUGCUAUUGCUAGAAGGCUUCAGAAAAAAAAGAAUGAUGAAAAAAAAUAGAUAUAAUGGGUGUAAAUUGACUCCUGGAAGGGUUGUAGAUUGUGACAGGGAGUAAUCCAAUAGCAACAUGUCCCCAUUUACUGUAGCCUCCAAUUCUGCUAUUU